GUCCAGUUAGCGUUUGGCGAUGUCACCUAUACUAGCCUUGGGUGCCAACAGCAAGAUGUGGUUUUCAAUCAGCUCUCCGCCAGCUGUCAUUCCACGAAGAGACUUGAGGAUGAAGGCUAUAUACUUGAUGCUACGAAGGGACCGACAACAAAGAGACCAAGGCCAAGACCAAGUCUCGCAGAGUUUCAGCAGACACCACCGAUGCAACCUGCCGUCAUCAAGCGGCGUGCUGUUGUGAUUGACUGCGAGAUGGCAGAGACUUUUGACGGGUCAGAUGAGCUGAUCAGCCUUUGUGCGAUUGACUUCCUAACCGGCGAAACGCUGAUUGACUCAUUUAUCAGUCCUUCGCGGCCAAUUACCGACUGGCGAGCGAAAAUUCACGGCAUAGAUGCUACAGCAAUAAUCGAGGCUUUAAAGCAAGAGAAAGUUCUUCAUGGUUGGGCUGCCGCUCGGGAAGAGCUGUGGAAGCAUAUUGAUGAACAAACGAUCCUUAUUGGGCAAACGAUAUUAUUCGACUUUGAAGUUCUUCGUCUAAUCCACACCCGCGUUGUGGACUCGGCAAUUCUUGCAGCAGAUGCUGUCUUUGAGAGUGAGAAUGAGAAUAAGAAACCAGGCCGGCGGUGGGGACUCCAAGAACUGUGUGAGACUUUUCUCGGCAUCCAAAUACGUCGUGGAGGUGGAAUACACGACAACCUAGAAGAUGUGCUAGCUGCCAGAGAGGUCGUGCUGCAGUACUUCCUGAAGCGAAAAGACUUCGAGAAGUGGGCGCACAAGGCACGAGAGGAUUUC